AUGAGCAAGCGGAAGCACGAUGACUCCAAUGGUCAAGAUGGCUGGGACGAUCUCGUGCUCGAGUUCAGCUCCGGAGAUUCCAUGCCAGUUUGCUCUGUGCCCUUGCGCAUGUGCUCCCCAGUGUUCAACAGCAUGCUUUCCUCGGGAAUGAGGGAGGCCCAGCACAGGACCAUUCGGGUGGAAGUGGCGACCAAAGAGGAGUUCGACUGUUUCUACAGCUUGCUAAAGCCAGGUGCCUUCAGCCCUGAGAAAAUCACGCAUGACAACGUGGAUGCAAUGCUCACCAUCAGCCUGUACUACCAAGUUGGUUUCCUCAGAGAUGCUUGCGAGGCUAAGCUUCUCCGUCUUCCAGCCACAGUGGAUCGGUUUCUCCAAGCUGAGAAGAUGGGGCUCAAGAGACAGCAGUCCCGCUGCGCCCAUGAGCUUGCACAGCUUUGCACUGAAGAAGACUUGAAACGACUGCAAGAAGCUUCGUCUGACGCGCUGAUGGCGGUAGCUACUGCAAUGCGACGGUUGCUUCAGGAGGACGAUAUCGACCGCAUCCUGAGGUCCGCCACGCUUGAUUUGCGGGUCCGGCGGGGGCCAGAUUGGAAGUGGCAGAACCAGGACGGUGGAGGCUUUGGCAUGACCGCCAUAAGCGAGCCGGAACGUCCUCGCCCUCCGGGCUGGGUAGUAGUUAACUGGGAUGACGGAUCUACUGGGCACUACCGGGUGGGUGCAGAAGGCAAGUAUGACCUUAUGGUUCUUGGCAGAGUUGAUGCGUUAGUGGUGGAGGGAGCUGGUGGUGUUGGAAGCCAAUGCAAUGGCCUCUACAACUUGAACGGGAGCUUCGCUGGCAAGGCAAUGUUCAAGAAAGACGGUGGGUCUGCCAUUAUAUACUUUUCAGGAUGUUGGAAAAUCAACUACCAGGACGCCACUGAUGGCUGGUACUACUGCUAUCCGAACUGUGAAGCGACCACGCCCCCGAUCGGGCUAUGGUCAACUGAAGGCUACGGAGCGGGGGCAGAUCCUCCCCCGACACUGCGACUUCUGCAAGAGGAGGAGUCUUCACCACCUAGCUGA